AUGGACUUGGAGGUAAUAAGGCAGGUUGUGGCUGCUAAUCCUAAUUUCACUUCCACCCGAAAGUUUUCAUUGUAUUCUAAUUUUGGUAGACUGCAGGAGACCAACCAGGUCGGCUACCAGGCGAAUGUCGUGACUUGGAAGGAGGUGCUAGAAGAGGCGGUAAGAAGGCGGGCCUUCCCAAACGCUCUGAGUUUUGAGGCGGGUCCUCAAUUGAUUGAAGCAUUGUCGGAUCCCCAGAACGGCCAACCCAUGGCACUAAAUACGGUCAUUGACGAGAUGGUUGCUCAAAAAAAGCUGGUCCCCAUGCAGACGUUUUUGCACGCCAAGUACCCGCUGCUCAAUUCGACAUGGUCGGCGGGCCAGCUAGCAUCAAAAGUUGCCUUCUGGGCGUGGAGCAAAGUGGUUGAUACCGACUGGCAUUCAGGAGAUGUUGGCAAGCUGAAAACCGUGACGUAUGUUGCAAUUGAUCAGACCAAGGUGGUUGCACAGAAUGUGCUGCGGCAAAUCAAGGCCGAUUUCAGACAAAACGGAAGCACUUAUUCUGCCGGAAUAUUCUCUUUUGGUCAAAUAAAAGAACUCUGUGGCAUGUCCAAGGAGGAUUUGGAAGUCUGUCUAGUUUACUUGAGUCGCGAAACCAACGAUCUGAGUUACAAGGGUAUUGUCAAAAUCAAUGGCGAUAUAGAGGACUCCGACUCGUCUAUCCCUGGCAUCAAAGAUGUCCUAGCCCAACAAUCAGUCAGAUUGAGCGUGCUGGAUGCCAAGAUCGCCCAGUACGAUGGCAAGGCUCGAGACUUUUUGCGAAAAGGCGAGCGCGAACGAGCCAAGACGGCACUGAAAGUAAAACGAGCGCACGAAAAAACCCAGACAGAGAUUAUGGACCAACAAAACCAACUCGAGCUUGUGCUGAACAAGAUCGACCAAGCUAGUGAUCAGGUCAAUAUGAUUGAGGCGCUGAAAGCUGGCAAGGAGAUUCUCGCCAAACGAAACAAGGCGAUUGGAGGGGCCGAUGCAGUUAGUGAGCUCAUGGACUCGUUACAGGACGAGAUGGCAGAGACCGACGAUAUUGCAGACCGGCUCGGCAGGCUGUCAUUUAUCGAUGUCGAAGACGAACUCGAGGAAUUACAGGCUCAAGCAGACAGCCAAGCACUCCAUGAUUUGCCCAAGGCCCAGGCAGAGGUUCGCGCCAACGAGACUCCAGUAGAUGUAGAGGCUCAGCCUGAAACACAACGUGAGCCCGAAUUGAUAUUAAAUAGUUAG